UUUUGCGUCAUCGUCAGCGUCAUCGUCAUCACCUGAGGCACCUUUCCAUGAAAUGGGCAUUGACGAUCCAGCAGAUUUACAUCGAAUUCUCUGUAUAUUCAAAACUCUGGAAGCAAUAAUUAAGCCGAUAAAAACGCAAGCUGAUAUUUUGCGAAAUAGGCAAUAUUAUCUGGCUACCCAUUUUCAUCGAUACAAAUAUAUAAGUGGAGUCGCAAAGGUACCAAAGCCGUUUCUGACGUCGGGGAAAUCUUAUUUCUUACGCCCCUAUGGCUAUUGGGUACGAGAUCCAGAAUACGAGGCUCCAAGACCUACUCCAGAUUGCCCCAUUCCGUUUGAAAUAAAAGAUGGCUUGGACCCAAAAGUUGCGACUGAAAAUAUUCGCAAAUUAUUCAAAGAAUUGGACGAUAUACUAAGUAAGCGAACACCUACGGUUCCAACCGACUCUGAACCAGAGACAGAGCAGGACACAGCGCAAGAUGCACCGCGAGGCACAUCGCUUGACAGGAUGCUUUAUACACCACGAGCAACAUUGCAAGACACUUUUCAAGCCACACCGGAAGAUACACCUCCAGAUACACCGCAAGAUACACCGCAAGAUACACCGCCAGAUACACCGCAAGAUACACCGCCAGAUACACCGCAAGAUACACCGCAAGAUACACCGCAAGACACACAAAAAGACGAUGAACAGGACUAUAACAAAAAAUUAUUUAAGUUACUAAGAGGUAUGAAGAUGUAAUUUUUGUGUUCAAGAAUAACUCGUAAAGGUCGGAAAGUUUUCGAGGAACAUCUUCGCUCUAAUAACCAUCUACUUAUUUAU